AUCGACUAGAAUUACAUAGACAUCUCAUAAUCGAUAGCUUCUGGACACGUGCGUGAAAGAUGUCGUCCUCGACAUACAUGACCACCAGGUCGCCAUGGCAGACCACACCGGCAGUGGUACCCAGCGGAGUCGGUUCAAACGUCAACAACCCGAGCUCGACCCUCCCGCACCAUCACCAUCAUCAUCACCACCACCAUCACCACCUUCAUCCUGCUGUAGCAGGUGCUGCUGUUCAGCAUUCGCCCUCACCAGGACCGCACACAGCCAAUCCGUAUGCGGGUUCGACGCCCGCUCACGUACGUGCAGGUAACACGCCGGGUCCUCAAGGUCACUACCAUACUUCAAACGCCCCCCACCAUCAUCAUCAUUAUGCUCCGAUCCCGCCCAACUCGGUCGUCGCCGGUUCCACCGCAUCCAGCUCGGGAGUCCCGGCCCAUUUGGGCAUGGCAGCCAGCUCUUCGUCCGUCGUCGGUCUGGGCCAGCACCCGGGCUCCAGGCGAGACAGGUCGGCCCAGUCUAUCGUCGGUGGACCUCCAUCUCAUCAACAUCACCAUCAACAACUGCAACAGACCAACGACUAUGACGUCUCUCGUUGGCACCCGAGGUCGCAAAAGCAGGUCGAGAUCGAGUCACUCCCUUCGAACGACAUUGCCGCACACUAUGUCGGUGCAAACACUCACAGCCCAUCCGGAGGCAGGCCAUCCUCUCCUCGCCCUGGUGGUCUUCCGCGUCCGACUCGAACUCUCCCCCGCGGCAACCGGGGGAUCAAGCUGGAACCCGAUGGUGUCCUACAGAAACGUGGUCGGAUGUACGCCUGGUCGCCCAUGGUCGUCGAAGACCUGUACGGUAAUCCUUACGGGUACGGAGACGAGCUGAGGAGCAAGGAACGGGAAGAAGAAGUCAAGGCGAAAAAGAGAUUCAAGAUGGCCUUGCACUUUGUACUCCCUGCGGCUGCGAUGGAGGCGGGCCAGCCGCUCAAAGGUGACGAACUCAAACUGGAGGAUGAGGAUUCGCACAAGAAGAAGAAGCGAAAGACCAACGUCCCGCCUCAUCUCCGUAGCCCGUCUCCCGUCCCUAAGCGAGAAGAGAUUAUCGAAUCCCUCUCUCGGCUUGGUACUGGACCCGAAGCGGGAGGACAGGCGAUCAAUCAGGAAGAGACCGUCAUCGGGACGACCUAUCUCGAUCUCGCCACGUCUCCGGCUGUCAGAUAUACGCUUGGAGUGGCUAACAAGGAACGGGCGUUGAUGCGCACCGUGGACGACCUGAUUGAUGGGGAGACCGGGUUGAAGGGCGUCCUUAGUCGGUUACAAUCGGCUCUCGAAGUGGCAGGGAGGGAACCGAGCCGGUUGUUCGAGACGAAGCAGCACAGGGAAAAGCAUGUGAGGACGUCGACGCCGGACAAAGAGGUGCUGGAUGAGAUCAAGGAUGGCGCUCAGGCGGCGAACGACGUGCAAGAAGGCGAGCUUGGUACGAUCGGUGUCGAUUCGGCAACAGGUCAAGAUACCGCCGCUGUAAACGGAGCUGGGGCGGUCGAUGCCUCUACCUCCGCGGCGGUAACUGAUGUCAAGAUGGAAAUCGAGGACGAGGUCAAACCCAAGUCGAACCCCGCCUCACGACAACCCUCCUUGAUCUCGGCCAAGCCCGCUCUCGACUCGUCUUUCCUUUUCGGAUCGGGCGAACCGUUCUUCGUCCCGCCCGGCUCGAUGGUCACGUACGAACCCGUCGACCCAAAGACACAGGACCCGGACGUCCUCGACAUCUACCCCGAGACCGAACUCAGUCCGCUGCAGAAGCUCUUUGUCACCCAGACGGGGCUGACGACGACCAUCGGACCUUCGCCGAACGAUCCUCGGCUUCAUCUACCCUUGACCCAUCCGGGUUAUCCGCAUACUACUUGCGUCCGGCUCACACCGGAAACGCAAAAACAGUCGGUCAUCUGCGCGAUGGACAAGAUCAAGGAGCUCGCUUCGGACUGCCAGGAAUACGUACGUAGGCUCGAGGAAAUCCGGGAGAGGCUUGCCAACGUUGGGCGAGCUCGACGCAAGGUAUGGCAGAUCGUUCGCGAGCGAGCUGUCAUCGCCAACGACGGGGAAGUUGGGGACGGGGAGGCAGACGUUGAGACGAUGCGAUUACGGGCCGAAGCUGAACAUGCCAUCAGCGGGACUCAAGUGGAGACGCGGAGGAGACGAGGAGUGGCGACGGCGGUCGCAUCGGCCGUGGCGAGUUAA